AUGGAUGACUGGGACAGCAGCGAUGAUUUCAUUCAGAGGCUGGAUUUUUCCAGUUGUGGAGAAGAGGGUGAAGAGAGAAGCCUACAUGAGGAGGAUACCCUGAGUUCAAGCCCUCUCAGGAGCUGCGACUCCCAGAAGUGGCAAGGGGACAGCCCUCUCCCUGUGACCCCUCACAGGAAACUCAGUGAGAUUUUCCUGAGCAGGACGAAAGCCUGGGUGAGUCCUACCCUGAAGACUUCCCUGGGUGUGACCAGGAGCCGUGGCAAUGCUGAGACACCGCUGCACAUCACCUGGAAGAAGCUGCAGCUCUGUGACACCCCGCACACUCCCAAGAGCCUGUUAUCCAAGACAGCUUUCCCUUCACCUGGGUCAAAGGUCCCACCCAAAGGCUUCCGACAUCUGAGAUUUACUCCUGGCACUGACUCAGAUGACUCUACCCAAUCUUCUCUUGUCAAUAUUAAUCCCUUUACACCAGAGUCAUACCGGCAAAUGCUCUUUCUUCCUAAUGGCAAGCGGAAAGUCAGAGGAGAGAUGAGGAAUCCUGAUCCAAGAAGCCAAUUAAAACAGGAUCUACGUACCAAGAGAUGUCCUCUGAAAGAGAGCAAUAUGGUUUCCCGCUACAAGAAGGAAUUUCUGGAGCUAGAAAGGAUUGGUGUGGGAGAAUUUGGCUCUGUCUACAAGUGCAUCAAGCGCCUUGAUGGAUGUGUUUAUGCCAUCAAACGUUCCAAGAGGCCUCUGGCAGGAUCCUCGGAUGAGCAGCUGGCAUUGCGUGAGGUUUAUGCUCACGCUGUCCUUGGACACCACCCCCAUGUUGUGCGCUACUACUCAGCGUGGGCAGAAGAUGAUCACAUGAUUAUCCAAAAUGAGCAUUGUAAUGGUGGAAGUCUCCAAGAUGCACUGCUGGAAAAUGAAAAACGUGGACAGUAUUUCUCUGAAGCAGAGCUGAAGGAGAUCUUGUUACAAGUCUCUAUGGGGCUAAAAUACAUCCACAACUCUGGCCUUGUACACCUGGAUAUCAAACCUAGUAAUAUCUUCAUCUGUCACAAGCUGGCAGUUGAGGGCUAUGCUGGGCAGGAGGAGAGUGACAGUGAAGAUGAAUUCUCUUCUGGUGUGAUGUAUAAGAUCGGUGAUCUUGGCCACGUGACAUCAGUAACAAACCCCCAAGUGGAGGAAGGAGACAGACGGUUUUUGGCCAAUGAGAUAUUGCAAGAGCAAUACUGCCAUUUGCCAAAGGCGGACAUCUUUGCUCUGUCACUCACAAUAGCUCUAGCAGCAGGUGCAGGACCACUGCCUCACAAUGGGGCCAUGUGGCACCACAUCCGCAAAGGCAAUAUCCCAUCGAUCCCUCAGAAGCUUCCCAAUGGCUUUCUUGAACUUCUCAAGCUCAUGAUCCAUCCUGACCCAGCGGAAAGACCUUCUGCCACAGCUCUUACUAAGCACCCAGUUCUCCGUCCUUCACUUGAAAAAGCUGUCCAGCUUCAGAAGCAGCUAAAUGUAGAGAAGUGUAAGACUGCCAUGCUGGAAAGGGAAUUAAAAGCAGCCCGCCUUGCCCAGACCCUCAUGAAGGACCAACCAUUAGGAAGUGCCAAGCUACCAGAGUCUGAAACCUCUAAGCAGAACAGCAAGCGCCUGGUGGGAGGGAAGAACUGUCGCUCAUUUAGCUUUACUUUGGGUUACUGA